UUGUCUUAAAUAAAUCAUGGUUCUUAGAUUACAUUUUAUGUAGUGCUGUCAAAUCGAUUAAUUUUGAUUAAUCGAAUCCCAAAUAAAAGUUGCGUAUAAAUAUACACAGUACAUAAAUUAUGUAAACACAAACUUUUAUUUUGUAUGCGAUUUAUCGCGAUGAAUCAAUUUGACGGCGCUAGUAUUAGUAGUCUAGACUAAAGCAUGGUUAAAAAAGUGAUCUUGAUUUGGGUUUAUUCCUAUUUCACCUCUAACAAAAAGAUUUGGUUCUGCAUUUUAUCUGUAGCUAACUGAUCAUGUUCAUGUUAUACAAUUUAUGCAACAUUUGUCUUUAGCUAGUGCGUUAAUGCAGUCCUGAUGUUUUGAUAGACUAUGAAAUCCACCUGCCUCUGCAGGUCAUGUGGAAAAUAGCAUGCGAGGUGUGUGGAGAAAUCACUUCUCAGAGAAGAAAAGUCUCUUAUGAGAGAACAAGCCGAGUCAGCACUCUGAACUGACUGAUGUACCGCAGUACAGAGAGAGAGAGAGGAUGGGGCUGUGGAAACAUGCUGCGCAUCAUCAUCCUCCUCCUCAUCCUCAUGAGUUCAGCUACAGCAGCGACGCAGUGCAGGAGCGCAGCGCGCGCACAUUUACUGCACUAACCUACAAUCCAACACAACUCAAACCGCGCCAUCCAGCGACAACACACACUAUAACCACACUCUGUAUUCUGUACGUUAAAUUUUUCGGACGUUUAACGUUUUACGGAGGAAACCGGUCAUCAUAUAAUCCGUUACAGAAGUUCCCUCAAGGCUAAACUGAAAUACAAGCGCUCGUGCGUCCAAGCACGCGACCGCUCGGUAAUGCGCCACUCUCACUGAUGACUCGCGCGGGGAUCCUGCAUCAGCAGCAAUCCGCUUCAACCUUGCAUCUCGGUCUCUCCAUCCUAAUUUGACCGUCUCUACCUCUUCUUCGCAAUUUAAAUUUGAAUUGUGUUACCUUUUGACUUUUCUCCCUUCAGUGAGGCACUAUAAAACAGCUGCACGACAAUGUCUGCUCCAGAUGAUGCCAACCCAGCAGGUGCUCCUGGAGCCCCAGGUGCCCCUGGUGGAGGUGGUCCACCUGCUCCUCCUCCAAACACCACCAGCAACCGCCGACUGCAGCAGACACAAGCACAAGUGGAGGAGGUGGUGGAUAUCAUGCGUGUGAAUGUGGAUAAGGUUCUGGAGAGAGACCAGAAGCUCUCUGAGCUGGACGACAGGGCAGAUGCUCUGCAGGCCGGGGCGUCACAGUUUGAAAGCUGUGCUGCCAAACUGAAGAACAAAUACUGGUGGAAGAAUUGCAAGAUGAUGAUUAUUAUGGGUGUCAUUGGAGUCAUCUUCAUUGGAAUCAUAUUCUUGUAUUUCUUCUCCUGAGCCAAUUCACCCGCAACAAACGAGAAAAUGAAUGAGUGAAUGAAGAAAACACAAUCAUGAGCUCCACCCAUUUUCACAUCCUUCUCGCUUCAAUCUCGAGGUCUCUCUGUUUAGUAAAUUUCCAUCUUGUUGUGACAGUAUUAUGCAGAUAUCUGCACUCCUUUCUCCUCUACUAGAAUGAGCACAAUUCAGUUUCUCUCUCUUUCCCUCCCUCUCAGAAUCUCCUGCAUUAUUUAAAUGUUCUUGCAGACACGCAGACAUUCAUACAUCAAUGCACAGAGAGAGAGCAGAAGAAAAACAGACUAAGAAUAAGUGGGAGAGGCCAGGAAGAAAAAAAUGUGGUGACACUUGUGAAACAACAUAGAGAGAUGAUGAAAAAAGAGAUAGAGUGCUCAUGGGAGGAGCUGUGUGAUACUGUUUAAAAGUUUGGGGUCAGAAUUUUUAUUUUUUUUAAGGAAAUAAUACUUUUAUUCAUCAAGGAUGCAUUAAUUUGAUCAAUAGUGACAGUGUCAGACAUUUAUAAUGCUAUGAAAGAUUUCUAUUUUUUAUUUAUUUUUUAAAUCUGUUUAACUUUAUAUCCAUCAAAGAAUUCUGGAAAAAAUGUGUCUUGGUUUCCACAAAAAAAUAUUAAGAAAAACUGUUUUCAACAUUGAUAAUAAUAAGAAAUGUUUAUUAAGCAGAACAUCAGCAUACUCAGGGUUCCCACAGGUCCUUAAAAAUUCUUACAUUUAGUUGUAUCAAAUUAAAGGCCAUAUAAAGUCUUAAAUGAUACAAGAAAGUCUUACUCAUGAUUUCAAGAGGUCUUACAUUGGAGGAAGGAAAGACAAAAACUGCAGUAUGACUGAAUGUGACGAUUAAACUUCAAAAGGCUAUAAUUUUACAGAAUAAAUAUAAAUGCUACAUGUUUCAAAGUCUCAUGCUGUGCUGCUUUGUGUACUAUAUAUAAUAUAAUAUAAUAUAAUAUAAUAUAAUAUAAUAUAAUAUAAUAUAAUAUAAUAUAAUAUAAUAUAAUAUAAUUACUGCUGCUCCAGGAACGCCAUCUGCUGGCAGAGAAUGAAUCUGCAUUUUCAGUAAGCUCCUAUGCUGUUUUUCUUUAAACUAAUUUGAAAAACAAAACAUGUUUUUAUGAUGCAAACACUCUUGUUUUUGUGAAAACCUGUAAAUAAUAUCUGAACUGUCAAUAAUUCUUUUUACAGUUAUUUAACAGUUUAAUAUGUUACCAUAGACAUUGCCCUACCCCUCUAAUAUGGUAUUAAUCUUACAGAUGCAGGUUUUAAAGGAUUAGUUCACUUCCAGAACAAAAAUGUACAGAUAAUUUACUCAUUUACAAAUAAUUACUUAUUUUUGAGGAAAACAUUUUAAGAAUUUUCUUCAUAUAGUGGACUUCUAUGGUGCCCCCGAGUUUGAACUUCCAAAAUGCAGUUUAAAUGCAACUUCAAAGGGCUCUAUACGAUCCCAGCAGAGGAAGAAGAGUCUUAUCUAGCGAAAAAAAAAAUUGGUUAUUUUCAAAACAAAAAAAAAACCCAAUUAAAUACUUUUUAACCUUGAAAUGCUCGUCUUGUCUAGCUCUGCAAUGUGCAUGCGUACUGUAUGCAUUCUGGUUCGGUACAGUUAGGGUAUGUCGAAAAACUCCCAUUUCAACUUCAAAAUCGUCCUACAUCGUUUUAGCUUUUUUUUUGACCUUCUUUGCUUGUUCACUUUGUAAACACUUCUGCAGCAAUGUAGGAUGAUUUUGAAGUUGGAGGAGAAAAUGUGAUUUUCGACAUACCCUAGCUGUACUGAAGCAGAAUGCGUAGAGUACGCAUUUGCGUCACAGAGCUAGAUAAGACUAGACAAGACCUUUCUUCCUCAGCUGGGAUCAUGUAGAGCCCUUUGAAGCCGCAUUUAAACUGCAUUUUUGGAAGUUCAAUCUCGCAGGCACCAUUUAAGUCCACUAUAUGGAGAAAAUUCCUGAAAUGUUUUCCUCAAAAAACAUAAUUUCUUUAUGGCUGAAGAAAGAAAGACAUGAACAUCUUGGAUGACAAGGGGGUGAGUAAAUUAGCUGUAAAUUUUUGUUUUGGAAGUGAACUAAUCCUUUAAAAAAAGGUCUUAAAAGUCUUAAAGUUGAGCUCAAAAACCCUGCAGAUCCUUUAAUAUGAUUUCUGAAGGAUCAUGUGACUGGAGUAAUGAUGCUGAAAAUUAAAUUUCACAAGUUACAUUUUAAAAUAUUAA